AACAUGGCAGACUUGACGAAUCUCUUCAAAGCGACUGUUAAAACGGUAAAAUCCAGAAAUAAAGGUCUGAGGAAAAGCAGUGACAAGGAUGAAGCAUCCCAGAUAUUUCCACAAUCAAAAAAUCGCGGAGAAUUUGAAUCUACUACUAAAGAAGUGAUUGGUACCAUUACCAAGCUCAGAGAUUUCCUUUUGGAACACAGAAAAGACUAUGUCAAUGCUGGAAGCCAUCUUACUGGCGAGGCGUCACAGAUGACAAACACAGAACGAGAGCAUAUUGACAACGAGGCACAAAACAUUCUCCGCAGAUGUCAAGAUAUGCUCGCAAAUGUAAAGAAAAAUGCUGAUGGAGAUAGAGUUCAUCCUCAAGUGAAGGAACAUAGGGAGGCUGUUUUGGGGCUGGUGAAUGCUUAUCUCAAAGUUGUUACAAAAAUAUACAGUGAACAGAAGGCAGUGCGGGUGAAACGUGUCGUGGAUAAGAAACGCAUAUCAAGAAUACAGCCAGAUAGACACGGCCUCUCUAGACAGUCUUCACUUCAACAAAACAAGGAUGAAUCAGGAGAAAACCAGUCCAGUAAUGCCAGUAUUGCUGCUAGUACAGCUGCGAAAAAGAAGGAACCAGCAAGAGUGCCAAGCCCCGGACCCAGUGGAUUUGAGGACAGUGAUGAUGAAAUCUCCCCAGAGGAGGCACAAAUGUUUGAACAGGAAAACAAGGCCAUGUAUGCAGAAAUGAACAGUUUAUCAGAAGAAUUAAGCAAAAUCCAAGGAAAAGUUGUGGAGAUAGCAAGCCUUCAAGAAAUAUUUACAGACAAGGUUUUAACUCAGGAAGAAGAUAUAGUUCGAAUAGCAGACACAGCAGUGUUUACAACCGAGAACAUUAAAGACGGAAACGAGGAAAUUCGAGAGGCCAUGCGUAAGAAUGCUGGUUUCCGUGUGUGGAUUUUGUUUUUCUUGUUGGUGCUAACAUUCUCGCUGCUAUUCCUUGACUGGUACAGUGGAUGAAAUUUGGAAACAGACUGGUUCUCAUUUUCGUUUCUUGACUGGUAUGGUGGAUGAAAUUUAAAACAAACUGCUUUAACUGACAGUGCAAGUCCCUGUUGAAAGGGCUUAAAUUAAAAGUAGUCGAAAGUGCAAGUCUGGUCAAAGGUUUCAUCAGUCUCAAAAGCAAUCUUUUGAAUGACAAAAACAUUGUUGAUUUCUAUUAAUAUUAUUGAACAUUAGUAAAUAAAUGGGGAAUAGAAUUGUCAGUGCUAGAUUAUUUUUAUGAAAUUCAGAUUUGCAGUUUUAAGUAUUUGACUGAACUUGGACUUAAGACCUUCCUUUAUAUUGAUCCAGAAAGUUGAAAUACUGUGCUAGUUAUCACUUAUGACAUCAAAGAGAAAAUUAAUGUGCCGUUACAUAUGGAUGCAGUAGACCUGCAACAAUAUAGAAUUGUGUGACUUCCUCGAUACUGCAAGAUUGUUUCAAAGAAGAUAUUGGUUAUGGUCAAACAUGUAAAAAUGUAAGUACUUCUCUAAGGAGUAGGCUCUCAUCUUGAUUGAAUGUAGUUUCUGAUAAUAAUUGUUAUUGUUUAAUUUAAGUAUGAACAGUGUAAUUGUUGACAAGUUUUGUAUUAUUUAUGCAAAUUUGAAUAGGCGUUGUUGAAAGUUGCAAGUUUUGUUUACCAUGUGCAAUAAAUUAUAUCUCUA